CCCACACUGGGCGGCGUUCCCCUGGCGCGCGCCGCGGGUGCGGUCCCGGGGAUGCCGCUGCGCCAGCGCGACCCGUCCACUUCUGCGCACCGCGCCGGCCUCGGACCGAGCCCGUGCAACUCGGAGGAAUGCGGCGACGGGGCAAGCGCGCGCCGGAGCGACAGGCGGCCGAAAAUAUAUUCGUCAUGCGGGCUUAGCGGCUUUUGGGCUUUGGUUUCUCCAAGGCGGAGUUCUCGCCAGCCGCGGAGCGGGAGCCCUGAACGAACGGGGCACGCUUAAGCGCGCGAGGCUUACUCGCUGGUAAACACGCUUUUAAGAAGGCAGCCUUAACGCUGUACUAACGAAGAUGGUCUUGGGGCAUGUGCAAAGGGCUUUUCUCUUACCACCGUGCAGCCCCAGUCAGCGCGAAAUGCCCAGGAUUCUUGUUGCAGGCGAGGUGUGGGCCUUGAAUCGCUUCUCAUAAAUUGAGGGUGUACCGUGCUUUAAAGUUACCCAGAAAUCUAGUGCUUCCCUUUGCUGUCUAGGCAACGAUCCCCAGGUUGAGACAGUGGUUUCUGCACAUGCCUAGAGUUUCUGCUCUCUUGCUAUUUGCUUUUUGCACCGGACUCUUUGCUGAAGCACAAUGGGUCAGCCAGCCCCAGUGAUCCCGGGGCACCUUGCAAGCCACCAUGUGGGGCCGAGGAAGUCACAGCUCCUCUACGGCAGCCGUUCACAACGUGUUCAUGGCAGGGGCGGCAAGUCUAAUCCACUCGUGGGUGUUUCCAGACAGAUGGCUUUGGGGGGAUCAGGUGUGCUGAUUCAGUGAAGAGCCUUCUCCAAAGCAGGUAAAGAACAAAACAAAAAGUAGCCAGGCUGGUCCAUGAGAAGAAAAUCCCAAAUCCACUGUUGGGCAAUACCUCACAUUCCACAGGACUAUGCAAGCUUUUGCUUUCUCCAGAACUCUGCAUCAGACUCUACGGCUCAAAAAGCAAGGGACUGGGGGAGGAAAGAAAGUGCAAACAUCUGGCCGGGCAUGAAGGCCAAAUUUUGGACCUCGGGACCUGCUUUGUGUUCUUCCUGGCCUGGUUAAGGUCUCUGGAGAGGAUCAAAGCUCGGCACAGUUUUGGGGCAUCUUGGCUGGUCUUCAUGAACGCAUUGCCCAACUGGCCAACACUGCAGGGGAGGUGGGAACUGAUCCCAUUUGGUUCCAGUGGCAGAUUGUAGGCUCAAUGGUAUCCCCAAAUCAAUGCCCCAAAUCUAUCCGGUACAACUGCAGAACAGAAUCAGCUUCCCACUCAGAAGUAAAACUUUGUACUCUUUGGCGCAGCUCCUUGGCACAGUGGCACCUGCCCUGGUGUGUGUUUAAACAGAGAUGAAUUAUAUUUAUACCCUGACUUUCCUCCAAGGACUUUCAUACUUGAAAAUGUGAAUAAAAGUCCAGCCAAGGUUGUACCAGUAUAAUAUUAUUUUAAGUUGUCUUAUCCCUUUGUAGUGUGGAGCUGUCCUUAAUUUCUUGCCUCCCUUUUUGUUACUGUAGGAACCUUUAUGGAUGCAGAACCAUCUUUAAAUUUGAUAAACUAAAAACCAUUUUAUCCUUACAACAACCCUGUGGGUUAGGCUAGGCUGAGAGCGAGAGAGCGGCCCAAGGUUGAUGAGCUUUAUGCCAGAGUAGAGUUUUCAUCCCGUCGUAACAGGAUGGCUACAUCUUUUCUCCCUCCUUGCCAGGAGGAGAGGCUGAACAUUGCCAGGUUUCCUUGGAAGAUGGGGGUGCCUUAGUCCUUCCCUCCCAGAAUGCCCUGUCCCCCCUGCAUCAGUUCUGAGGGUGCUCAGCUGGUGUGGAACAAGCCGCAGCAGCUGUGGGGGUAGAAGGGAUUUCUUCCAAUGUUGGAGCACUGGCUCUGGGCUCAGCAGGCAUUUCUGCGGUUGGAGUUGGGACUCAGUCCUAUCCUGUGGCACUCCGGACAGGCCAUGAGGACUCCCCCUUGCAGCAUGAAGACUCAACAGAGUCCAGCCUAAUCAUAAAAAUAAAAUCACACCAGUUUUCUCUUAAUCUUGGGAGAAGCCUGAAGGACCAUGCAGAGAAGCAGUAAGGUAUGGUCCCCAGAGCUUUUCCAUCAGGUGUGAAUCUACAGAUAAGAAACCGAGUCAUAAUCAUAUCUAAAUCCAGGAGGGUCUGCAUUCCUGGCUCUACUGAAAGGCAAUAGCAAAGGAUCUUUCCGCUCCACUCUCCUGUAUUCUUUCUGGCCUCUUCCCUCCCUCCUGCGUGAGGUUAAUUUACACAUGAAGUCAAAAGCAGUUGGCUUGGAGCAAUGAACCCAAAACCUCUUCUGCAGAUUGGCAAGUUAUCCCUGUUCGAGUGUAUGUUCUCUCUGGAAGCUCUGGAAUUUGGACAGCAGCUCACACCAGAGAGUACGCUCUGGAUCGGAGUUAAUAAACAAAACCAGCAACAGCUAUGUCUUAAGUAUGCCAGUUAUUUUCACACCAGUGAAGAGAGAAUCUUUGUGUUGGCUUCUGAAAGCAUGAUAAUGGAAUGUACCAAAGAAAUGGGCAACUGCAGAGCUGGGACAGUGGCAAAGAAACUCUCUCUUUAAAUUAAUAAAUGCAAGCAUAAAGUAGGCUUGCAAAUACUUUCAGGCAAAAGCUGGCCCACAAAUAUUUUUACUAGCUUGCACAAUCAAUUUGUCCCCACACCCCCAUUAAAGUUUAGUUUCCUGGCCCAGAAAGCUGCCUUACUCGCCACUGGCAACCAGAGCGAAUGGCUAUUUUUACCCCGUGUUCUGCUUGCUUGUUUGUUUUUGUAAAGUCUAGUAACUGGAGCACUGAUUUUGCUUGGGUGGUUUGGAGAAAAGACUAGAUGGUAACUUCUUUGUGAUCCUGGAACAAAGAACUCAGUUUAAAUGUGAGACACCUGGGUUCAAAUGUGACCUCUGCCCUGUGACUCAUUGGGCGGGCUUGGGCAAAUCACAGCCGCUUGGCUUCGGUUCCUAUCUGUAACAUGGGAAUAAUAAGCACUUUGCUGGUUUAUUUCUAACAGUACCAAAACCAGUUUCUUUUUCAAUGGCGUGAAACUUUUCAGACUGAGUGAAAACACAUCAGAUUGUGCUAUGCAUCCAACAUGACACAUGUAUGAUGCUUCAGUCUUGGCUGGCACUAAGCGUUACAAACAAUCAAUCAAUCCUGUUUUCUUCUGGUGCCAGCAUAAAACUAUUGACGAAGUGAUCCGGAUUGAGCUCGUCUCCAGGACCAAGUAGCUCAUACUGUCCCGAGGCUGUGUAGCAAUGGGGACAGCAUAUAAAAACUUUAAAUAAAUAAAUAAUAAAUAAUGCCUGCAAUAGGUUCAGAGGUUCCCCACCCUUCAGAGCCAGGCAAUGACAUGUUCACAGAUCCUAAAGUUUCAUAUUGCAUUUUGAGAGUUUGCAUUUGUGCACAGAGGAAAAAUAGCUCCCUGCCUAGAGGAAGACGGCAUAUUGGGGAGAAAGUCAGUCUAAAUUUGUUGUAAUAAUUUCAUAAAUGAAGGUUGACACACACAGAGGUGAACUCGAUGUUAUUCUCACACCUGCAGCAAAUAGAAAAGUAUUGGAAAAACUUGGCUACUUGAUUCAUUGCAUAUGUAGAGUGACCCUUGAUGGGUCAUGAGAACCGAAUCUUGAAAGGAUUUAAGGGUAAGAAUGGUUUUUCCUGUAAUACGGAUGGGGUGAAGGCAGUGGGUUAUGUUGACCUUUCUGCUCAAUAUCUCUUCCGGCACUGGAUUUUCUAUUUUGAGUUUAUACUUUUAAAAAUGCCCUUUGAUUUGGCCUUCAAGAAUAAUGUUCUGAUUUGGCUUAUAAAUUAGAGUUGGAAAUUACUUAAGUAUUAGCAUGGCCAGGUUAGCUGUGAGCAAGCUUAUGCAGAGAAGGAGCUUCCCUUCAGACCAACCAGAAUUCACAAAAACUUGUGCAAGCUUUUGAGUUCUCCAGAGCGCUUCAUCCUGACAAAGAGCACUGACCCAAUCAAAACUUGUACCUCUUUGGUGACAUUUCACUUCAUCCUCACAAAAGCUUUGCCCAGCUUCGAAUUUUGGAUUUUUUAUUCUCCUGAACCAAUCUUUGCUUUAUAUAUGGUGAACUUUGCAAGUGUCCCUGGAUCUUUUGGGGUUCGAUUUAUUUAAGUAAAUGAGAUCCUACAUUCCCAAAUCCAUUCCUCGUGAGUUCUUCUUUGUAAAAGAUGAAAGCAGCUCUUCCCCAGCCCAGUGUCCUCCAGAUCUCUUGGACUACAACUCCCAUCAUCUGUAGCUAGCAUAGCCAUGGGAGAACACCAGGCUGGGGAGAGUCAAACCCUUUGUGGAAGGAGAGCAACCUUAAGCUGUUUGUCUUCUUUCUCUUCCAGUUUUUCCUCUGCUCAGUCUCGGUCCCCAUGUGCACGGAAAAGAUUAACAUCCCCAUUGGCCCCUGCGGCGGAAUGUGCCUGUCUGUCAAGAAGAGGUGUGAGCCGGUCCUCAAGGAGUUUGGCUUCUCCUGGCCAGAGAGCUUGAACUGCAGCAAGUUUCCCCCACAGAAUGACCACAAUCACAUGUGCAUGGAGGGUCCAGGGGACGAAGAGGUCCCCCUUCACAGCAAAACCUCCUUGCACCCUGGAGAGGAGUGCCACACCGUCGGUGCCAACGCGGACCAGUAUAUCUGGGUCAAGCGGAGCCUGAACUGCGUUCUGAAGUGCGGCUACGACGCUGGCCUCUAUAGCCGGCCGGCGAAGGCGUUCGCGGAUGUCUGGAUGGCGGUGUGGGCAAGCCUUUGCUUCGUCUCCACCGCCUUCACGGUUCUGACCUUUCUGAUCGAUUCCUCCCGCUUUUCCUACCCAGAGCGCCCCAUUAUCUUUCUGAGCAUGUGUUACAAUAUUUAUAGCAUUGCUUAUAUUGUCCGGCUGACCGUAGGCCGGGAAAGGAUUUCCUGCGAUUUUGAAGAGGCGGCAGAACCUGUCCUCAUUCAAGAGGGCCUCAAGAACACAGGAUGUGCUAUUAUUUUCUUGCUGCUGUACUUUUUUGGGAUGGCGAGCUCCAUCUGGUGGGUGAUCUUGACACUGACGUGGUUUCUGGCAGCCGGACUCAAAUGGGGUCACGAGGCCAUUGAGAUGCACAGCUCCUACUUCCACAUCGCGGCCUGGGCCAUCCCUGCUGUCAAGACCAUCGUCAUCCUGAUUAUGCGGCUGGUGGAUGCAGAUGAGCUGACCGGGCUGUGUUACGUGGGCAGCCAGAACCUGGAUGCUCUGACGGGCUUCGUGGUGGCUCCCCUCUUCACCUACUUGGUGAUCGGGACCCUGUUCAUCGCUGCCGGCUUGGUGGCUUUAUUUAAAAUCCGGUCCAACCUUCAAAAGGACGGGACCAAAACAGACAAGCUGGAAAGGCUGAUGGUGAAAAUCGGUGUCUUUUCCGUGCUGUACACGGUCCCAGCCACCUGCGUCAUCGCUUGCUACUUCUAUGAAAUCUCCAACUGGACAAUCUUUCGCUACUCGGCGGAUGACUCCAACAUGGCUGUGGAAAUGCUUAAGAUCUUCAUGUCCUUGCUGGUGGGCAUCACCUCGGGCAUGUGGAUCUGGUCUGCCAAAACACUGCACACCUGGCAGAGGUGCUCCAACAGGCUGGUGAACUCAGGGAGGGUGAAGCAGGGGGAGAAAAGGGCUGACAGUUGGGUGACGCCUCCAAAAGGGAAUGAGACUGUCGUGUGAACAAAAGCCCGAGGCAAGCAAGCAUGGCACUGCCCCCUCUUCUCUGCCUGCCCCACCUGCGAGAAGCAUGGAGUGCCUGUGAACCCGCCUGUAGUGGGGGUGCCAUCACGGCUCACGUGCCGCAGAAAGGAAACUCUGCCCUGUCUUUCCGUUUCUGCAGAAGUUGCCGGUUGGGUCAGAGAAGGCCUUAAGAAACCAGCUGAAGUAGUGACAGAACAGAGCAGAGCCUCUGCAGUGCAAGAAAGACGAGAGCCUGCAGUGGCUUCGACAAGCUGUGAAAACAGAAAUCAGAACUUGUUGGACCUCUGUCAAAAAAUGGCACCCUCUGGUCUUUGGAAAUCGUGGGACUGUGCAAGCACAUGUGAAGUGCCUUGGUGUUCUCUCUCUGCCCCUCUUGCUCUCUCCUUGCUCACCUCUCUCUUGCUCACCCCGCCAUGUUUUUAAUUGUGCCUAAGCAGUGGGAGGAAGAAUGCCAAGGGCCAGUCUCUCUGCUGGUGUAGGCACCUCUUAUUCCAAAUAGUGAAGCCAAUGACCUCAGGAGAUUUGUGGGGGGGGGGGGGCGGAUGUCACACAGAGGUCUGCAGCCACCAAGUGCUGGGAAUUUCGUUGGGCAUGGGUCCCCAAGCCCACUUUAGACUGGGCUAACCAAAAUGUCAUGGAACUGUGUGCAGGGGGCUCCUGGAACUCUUCAUCAGGCUGGACCAAGGAAGGAGGAGAAGCUGGCCAGCACUGAAGCUGCAGGGCAUGCGUGUGGCCACAGCGAAAAGAAGGCGCAUGAGCAAAGGGAGCAGGCAUUCUGCGCAUGAGCAUGCUGGCACAUGAGCAUGCUGAAUAAGGUGCUGAGAGAGCAUCGGGCUCCAUCUAGGAUUCCACGCAGGAUUCUCAGGAUGAGGAAACAAGCAGUGGUGGAUCCCCACAGGUCUGUUCCCUAGAUGUGUUUCCAUCCUUGGGCAGAACAAGCAGGUUCCUUGGUAGGCAUAAAACAGAAACAGAGAGAAACUAGGCAGUUUUUAACACAGCUCGAGGUAAUUUAGGUGUUACGCAAUGUUGUUUUAAAGUUAGUGGCCACACUGGGCAACUGGAGGGGAUGUAUAGUUAGAGAAACAGCACCAGUUUUUGGAUGGUACCCAAGUUUCUCCUUCCAGGUCACACAAAUAUUUGGUGGUAUCUCAACCCACACAAAGGCUGUCCAUAUUUAAUUCUUACAUCUUAGAUCUGCCUUCCCUAAACAGGACUCUUCCAGAAGCUUUGAAGUACAAUUCCCAGCCUCCUGAUGAUAGAUAGCCCAUGCUGGCUAGAGCUGAUGGGAGUUGAAGUGAAGCACUUACGGAGGUGUUGAGUGGGGGACAGGCUGGCUUAGAGUACAAAGCAGGGGUGCAGGCCCUCUCUCAGUCUGAUGGCCUUCUUUUGUGGCUAUGCCAGCUGGGGCAUGCUGGGAUUUCUCAGUCGUUUUUCUGCAUAGGAUUUUCUUGCAUAGCAUUGUGCCUUCCAUGGAGAACCAUUUCAGCCUUUUAGAAAGGGGAAACAUAAAGCACACAAAAGCCAGGAAGAUGCAGGAUGAUCCAUAGUCUGAAGAAUGGGGCUUGAGACCAUCUAGGGGCCUGUAGCAGGGUAGUUUGGAAUCCUGGCCUGAAGUUGACCACCCCUUCCGUAAAGUUACAAGCUUGGUCAAGCUCAUGGAACUCCAAGCAUUGCCUUCUCUAAUUGCUACAGCAAACAGCUACUUCAUGGGCUCCUCACCUUGUGAAGAUUGCACUGAAGAAUCAGACUGAUGUCCUGUUGAGUCUCUCUGACUUUGCUUCGAAUGUGAAAUAAGAGAGAAUGGGGCACUGGCCCCAGUGCAGUCAGUGGGAUGAAUGCGUUGUGACUUUGGAGGCAAGCAAACGUUACUUUAAAGCAGGGGUCUCAAACUCAACUUACCUGGGGGCCGCUGGAAGUAGAGUCUGGGUGAGGCUGGGCUGCAUCAAGUAUUCCACCACCGUGGUGGUGGUGGUGGCGGCUGGCCCGGGUGCCGCCGGCACUUUGAAGACCACAGGGCCCCUCCCCAUGCCCCGCCUGGCCCGGCAAUUGGCCUGCGAGUUUGAGACCCCUGCUUUAAAGGCAUCACUAGCAGCAAUGGUCUUAAAGUUUUCAUUUUGGCUCCUGAGGUGGUAUGGGGGUGAUGACUGGGCCAUUUCUUCCUAACUAUGCACCCCUCUGCCUCCCCACCCCCAUAUUUUCAGGCCUGCAAUUUUUAUUACGAAGCAUAACCAUGAUCGCUCUUUUGCAAAACGUAUAGAGAACAGAAAUUGCCGGUGUGGAUCACGUAGGCCUGGAGAGGAGGGUGUGGAGAAGUAUUAAAUCCCCUCUUCCCCCAGCCCUAUUAGGAUCCCGAUCCAAGCCUCUAUGCCUACUCAAGAGUAAAAUGAAAGAAAAUGGCAAAGCUGCUAGCUACCUCUUUAAAGAAAUGUUUGUGAUGCUCCUCAGCUCCUGUAGAUUGCAGAGGAAGUGCCCUUUGGCUGAGCUGAUCUUGACCCGUGUGCGUUGUGCCAGGCCCCUGGUGGGGUUCACAACUGCGCAGGGUGGAGCAGAGCCUACCGGCAUCGCAUGGAAGGUGGUUGCUCCUCUAAGCCCUUCAUAAGAAAAGGCAGCCAAAGAAAGCAAGCGGCCACAAGGUCAAAUUGUGGAAUUCAUGACUCCACAGCCAGAAAAUUAUCCAGCUGCUUCCCCGUGUGCACGGAGGCCUGUUUGCGUUCCAGAAGUUACGGUGUUCAGGAACCCACUAUUUAAACCUUAGCAGAGUUUAUCUACCACGUUCUGAAGAGUGGCAUGGUACAGCCCUGGCUGAGUAUUAUCCGUUCAAGCUGCAACGGGGAGUGAGUUGCUAUGGUCAAACGCAGCAGCACAUACCCUGCAUGUAUAAAAGAAACCCCAACUAGGACAUCAAGAAGGCUCUUUUGGUCGCACUCAUUUUUCCAUGCAAGAAUUGCUUUUAAAUAUGUGGGAACUUCGGUUCUGCCAUUCCGAUCUACCAUCUAACAGGGCUGUAAUGCUGCUACUCGGUCAUUUGGGCCAGUGGGGUUUCACUGUUGGCUUUAGUGGAAUUUAGACUGUGUCAUCCACUGCAAAGCCUCUGUCUUGCUUCCUGGAGCUUCCACAGGAGCUUCCCAGCUGGCUGCACCCACCUGUCUCUUAUCAAAGAAGCAAAUUAGAAAUUGCAGCCUAACCUUUCCUUACAGCCAGAUCUGGUCUCUUCUCUCCCCUCUCUACCUCCCAGUUCCCCAAUUCUUUAACUUUUUAUCCAGUCUUGAUAUGUGACUCUGCAAUUUCCAUACUUCUCCCAAUGGCAGGUAAUCCCCAGCCAAAUGUCUAAGAAAGUUCCUUCUUUAUUUUUAUAGUCUGCAGCAUGUGGCUAAUGAGGGAAAGCAAAUCGGGGGUCAUUUCUGACAAUUGGCUUAUUCAAAGUCUGGCUUGGUUUGGUUUGGUUUCUCUCCCCUCCCAGUCCCUCCAAGCAGGCUAAUCUGUCCUUCCCCAGAGACCCAUUGAAUCCAGCAAUUAAGGGUUAAUAUAGUCCUCUUGGAGUGAUUGCAUCUGUGCAGACGCCAGUCUGGGGUGAACUGAAAUGUUAAGUUCCUUGGCAGCUUUGCAUUCACACAGAUCAGUUGCACACUUUGUGUGCCAGUCACAAUUAAAAGGACAUCCUUAAGCCGUGAGAGCCGGGUACUGCUGACUCCCACUGAACCAAAACCAGAGUGCUGUUUGACCUCUUUAUCAGUCUAAGAAUGUGGGUGCAUUUUUUUGUUGUUAUCGUUAGCAAAAGAAAAAAGAAAAAAUGGGAACAUUUCUCCCUCCUCUCCCACACACCUCCCUUUUUAAAGGACUCAAAGAGAAUAAACAUAGCUACUCCUUGAUGAAUGAUGCUGUUUUAAGAGUAAGGACUUCUCUCCCUGAGGUGCUGAACCUGCCGUUCUUGCAGGAUAGAGGAUGCAUCCUUUUUCCAGAGUUUGUCUUUCUGAGCCCUUCUGUGUAUUCUUUCUCUAACCACAUGGCGGCACUGCAGUAUAACUGGACUGCAACAAUGCCGGGACCUUCCAUCCUCUUCUGUUCUGCAUUUGAAAUUUAAUGGCUAAUUUUCCUUCCUGUUAAAAGCUGCAAAACAGGCUGGCAACAGGUGAGGAUGCAAACAUUGGAUACAAUGCCCCUCCUGUGAGUGAGGGUUCACAAGCAUAUAAUAAAUGCCCUGGGUAGAGCAGCCUUAAAAUGACAAGCUUGGAGGGGGGGGGGGGUCUUAACCCUAUCAUGGCCAGAGGGAAUUGGGUGGUCUUGGUUGGGUUUGGCAUUCGGGGAAUAUGCAUCAGUCACUGAAGUUGCAAACCCGUGCAGGUUUAGGCAGGAUAAAGUCCUACAACUACCAGCGUUCCUCAUCCAGAUGCUCAUGGGACGUUUUGCUGCCCACCCCCACAGGACUGUGCCUUUAGUUGUGUAUAAACAAAGAUUUUUAACUGGCUCUGUGAGUGGGCCCAGUUGCUUUUUGGGGGAUUCCCUCAGUCACUUUAAGACCACAACUUGUGCAUGGGCCUUGUGUUCAGGCACACCAAGGACACAUUCCCAUUGGAGUUUCCCACAGUUUGUGUGCCACGAGCCACGCCACCUCUUUCCAAGCCUCACUGAUCUGCUUUUUCUGUGCAAGAAGGGAUGUUCUGUGCUUGCACACAACCCAUGUGCGGGACCUCCCACGUUGCUUGUGUGUUCAUUCCAGUGCUGCCAUGCACGAAGGUUACUGUGUGGCCCAGCUCCUUGUGUAGACCACUGACUCAAAGAAGUUGAAGGGCAGGCAGCAAAUACUGUCCCCUUCCUGUUCCAGAAGUACUCAAGUGCCUCUUCCAAGUGUCCUUGUUGGCCGCCAGGCUUCUUAAAAGACACUGAUGUUCGUUGGCUGACAAUAUUCUGCUGGGUUUCUUUCCCUUCCGUCCAGCUCACUGGAGCUGGGGAAUCCUCUAAGGCGCUGGUAUGUCCCUGCUAGUGUCUGAACCCAGCUGCAGUAUCAAGCCAUAUCUUGCUACCCAUGAACAACCCAUGACAACCCAGGGUUUUCUCACCACUGUUUGCUAUCUUGGUUGGGUUCAGACAACAUGACAACCCAUGUUUCAAGGACAAUCCAGGCCUCAGUGACAACCUGUAUGCAGCCUCUCCUUUUUCAGUUCAGCUGAACCUGGAAGUACUAGGCUACAGAAUGAGGUGCUCAGAAUCCUGAGAAGAGGGGUACACACAGUAUAGAAAAUAAAUAAGCAAAUAUUUCCACCCUAGAACUCAACCUAAUUCAUCUGCACAUACACGGGACAGCUAGGCAAGAUUUUGUGGGAUUAACUUGCAUUUAUGACUUAGUAUUUUUCAAAAUAGGGCUGAUCUUCCAUCCACAGCGAAGUCAAAAUGACUUCAAAUACAAUCCUGUGCCAGUUUAGGCAAAAAGGACCUACAGUUCUCUCUUUGCAUAGGAUUGCAAUUAUAAAACCUAUGCAAAUAUAGAAUUGUAGGCCCUUUUCUUGUCUUGCUAUUUUCCCCACUUUUAUAAACCCGUCUUCAGUUCCACAGUAAUUCCUGGCACUUCUCAAUUAUCCUCACAACCAGAAUAAUAAUUGUUUCUACAUUGCAGGUUUUUUUUUUUUUAACGCCCUUCCACACGUAGGUACAUAUUCUAUGUUACUUAUGUUAAGGACAAUAUUGCAGAUCCCCAAACCUUUGUAAGGUAAAAGGACACUGAUCUGAUUAUAUUUUUCCUUUGUUGGUGAUUGUACAGAAGAGUAUCUACGUCUAUUGUAAAAUUCUAAUUUAUCAUUGUAAAAAAAACCAAAAAAACAAAACCCAAAACAAAACAUUACUAUUUAAUUUUUGUAUCAAAAUAAAUUUUUGUUUUAUUAAAAUGUG